GCGGCCGGCGAGGAAGGAAGAAAUAGCAGUUGGCGAAAACCAGCAUUUGCUCGCGGGUUGAACAGAGAGAAAAGGCUUCUCGCUCGUCCUUCCCUUUCAUUUCCUCUAGUAACUCUGCUUUCUGUACCCCCAAGAAAUGGCCGACCAGGAUGAACAGGAGGCGGUUAACUACAAGAUUUCGCCGCCGAAUACCUAUGCAGCUGUUGUGCUUGGCGGCACCUUUGAUCGCCUGCAUGACGGUCACCGACUUUUCCUCAAGGCAGCAGCGGAGCUUGCUAGGGAGAGGGUUGUGGUUGGAGUUUGCGAUGGCCCUAUGCUUACCAACAAACAGUUUGCAGACUUGAUACAGCCUGUGGAGGAAAGGAUGCAGAAUGUUGAGAACUAUAUUAAGUCCAUCAAGCCAGAACUCGUGUUGCAAGCUGAACCGAUUGUGGAUCCAUAUGGACCUUCGAUUACUGUCGAAGAUUUGGAAGCUAUAGUGGUUAGCAAAGAGACAGUGCCGGGCGGCCUUGCAGUUAACAGGAAGAGAGCUGAAAAGGGAUUCUCACAGCUAAAGGUUGAGGUUGUGGAACUCGUUUCUGAAGAAUCUAGUGGUGAAAAGCUGAGUUCCUCAACACUGAGGCGCCUUGAUGCUGAGAAGUCUAAACUACCACAAGCAGCAUAGAGAUAGAUAGAGAAGACCCAACUCAGCCGUCCUAAGGCUUUGUGUGCUGAUCCAUGUUCGCAACAACAGCGAUUGAUGGUGCUGCUCUGGCCAACGUAGCUGAGCAAAGCGAGGUAUUGAGUUGUGCACUGUGUUGAUCUCUAGCUUUGUCUCCCCCUUCCCCCCAAACACUGUAAACCCUUUUUAGUCCAUAUUCAGUGAAAUUUCAAGUAAUUGAAGUGUUGGAAGUUGUAACUACUAACAACAUUUGGUUUGGAAAAUUCAAGCUCUUCAGGAAAUUGAGCAGACUUUGAUAUCUUUCCCUCUCUCCAUCCAUCGGUCCAUGGACCUUGUUCUGAUUAUAUGCGAUAAACGGCGUCAUUUCGG